AUGGCUGCUCUUUGGUUAUCUUUAUUGUUUCUCUUUGCCAUUACUGGCCAUUCAGAUGCUGCUUAUUGCGUUUGCAAUGAUGGAUUGAGUACUGAUGUUUAUCAGAAGAAUAUAGAUUACGCCUGUGGAGCUGGAGCAGAUUGUACUCCAAUAACGCAAAAUGGCCCUUGUUAUAACCCAAAUACUGUCAAAGAUCACUGUAACUAUGCAGUGAAUAGCUAUUUCCAGAAGAAGGGACAAAACGCUCAGAGCUGCAAUUUCUUAAACACUGCUACAGUAUCUCAAUCUGCACCUUCUUCCUCAACUUCUGGAUGUGUGUAUCCAUCUAGUGCCAGCAACGGAACAAGCACAACCCCGUCCACCACCCCGACUACCGGAGGAACUCCAACCAUGGGAGGCACCCCAACUGGAGGCACCCCUGUUGGAGGCACCCCAACUGGAGGAACCCCCUCGACUAUGGUUCCAGGCACUACUACGGGUACUCCCGGUUUUGGUCUCGGACCAACUGGAAGUGGCUUCACCAAUACAGACAGCAGUGACACUAGUGUCACACUGGUUCAAGGCACUAAUUUAUUUAUAUGUGUCUCCCUAACCCUCUUCAUUUCAGGCUUGUUGAACCUAAGGGCAUAA